CUUGUAUUCUAAGAUGACAGUUUGCAUUGCACACAAAUGUCAACUCGUUUCAACAUCAAGCAUAAUAUUGGAUGGAAUAGUUAAAUUUCGUAGAAAAUCAUGCUUCGUACUCUAAUAUCAGCUGCUCGAUGUAUACGGCCUCUUGCGUUGCAACAAUGCAAAGCUGCCAGGAUCGCGAGAGAUGUGCGAAGUUUCACAACUCUUCACAGACAAGUGUACAAUGUUCCAGCCUGCAAGUCUUUGAUCAGUAACAGCCAAAUUCUACAAAUCGCCAACAAUAUAUCCCCAAUGCCCGUACGUACUGUAACUAAAUUCAGUCUUAAAAAGGGUAAGAGGAAAACUGUGAAGGCAGCCGUAAAGAGGUUCUUCAGACUACACUGGGGUAUUUGGAUCAGGCCAAUGAUUGGUAGACAUAAGAAAAUGUGGAAGAAAUCACCACCGCAGCGGAGACGUCUGCGCCAGCAUGUCUUUACAAAUGGUACACAAACUAAAUUGCUGGACAAGAUGGUUACCAAGUGUUGGAAAAAGCCAAAGUACUAUGUUGAGGAUCCAUAUACACCAUACCAUACAAGGGAUGAAUUUUAUGCCACUAGAAGGAAGCCAGCUGUAAGAACUUGAAUACUAAGUACUGAUAUGCAAAAUUACAAAGAAAAGGAAUUGUUAUACUA